AUGUUGUUCUCAACUAUGGGAACCGAGAAAGCGAAAGUUGGGUUCGCGUUGGGUUGGCCAGCGGCAGUUGCAGUGAGUUCCUGUGCUCUUAAAAGGCUCCCGGCGGCAGCAAUGCAUUUCCCAACACGGACAUGGUGCUGGUUUCACAGCCUCGUCCUUGCCUUUCUGCUGCCUUCUUAUCUCAGUAUGGUCCGGCUCCUUCGCUUUAAAUGAACGAAUUGUUGUGCUCGAAGUUCGCUACUUUUCGCUGCGGUGUCGUUCCGAAAUAAUUGAGUUGAAAACCGAUCUGUUCUAGACAGUUGGGAUUUCUGCUUUUUGCCGAUUCAGAAGAGACUUAUCGUCCCGGUGGUGCGCGUUUAAGUGCGUAUAAAGAGCCCAGUUUCUUUAUUUGACUUAUUCGCGUCGGCUGCUGUGCGGCGGACUCGCUUUUCUUUUUAAGCUUAUUUUUUUUAGAUUGUCAAAGUGACACAAUGUUCCUUCUACGGCUACUUUAUAUACAUCUGUUCGUGCUAUAAGUUAAGGUAAAAUAUAUUUUUGGUACUGGCGUCGCUGACCAUAACAUAUGGCAUAAAGAGCAGCACAGCUGGAGGUACCGUUUCCAUUGCAGUGAUGUCAGAGCAGCUGACUCCACAGCUUGCAGUGUAAUUAGCAAACAGAGCAGCAGUUUACUCACUCUCUCCUCUGGCUUUUUCUUAACCUUGCCCCCGAUGGGCGACUGGUCGUUUUCUAUUCCAAGCUCUGCCUUUCUAUCAUUUCAGUUGUUUGUGUGCAUAUGUGGGAACAGUUGUACAUGAUUGUGCAUUGUGUGACGAGCAGUUAGUUUAAAGACAGAUCGUGAUGUUUUAAACGCAGAAACGUGCGUGUGGCGCUGAUCGGAUGGUCCAUCCGUUUAUAAGAGAAGCGCACAAAGUAGGGCUCACCCACCGGGAUGCUUUUUGGAAUAUUUGGAAACGGAACUGGUGACAGAAUGAUACAAGGUCAGACGAGCGAAUAUUAUAGUUAUGAAGGUAGAAUGGAGUUCCCACACCAUAGCCGCCAGUUGCUGCAGUGUCUGAGUCAGCAGCGUCACCAAGGUUUCCUCUGUGACUGCACUGUUCUCGUCGGGGAGGCUCGAUUCAAAGCGCACAGGGCCGUGCUGGCCUCAUGCAGCAUGUACUUCCACCUCUUCUACAGGGACCAGCUAGACAAAAGGGACGUUGUGCAUCUGAACAGUGACAUUGUGACAGCGCCGGCUUUCAGCCUGCUCCUUGAAUUUAUGUAUGAGGGGAAGCUGGAAUUCAGCACUCUGCCCGUGGAGGACGUGCUGGCCGCCGCCAGCUACCUCCACAUGUACGACAUCGUCAAAGUGUGCAAGGGCAAGCUGAAAGAUAAAGAAGUGUCCCCGCUGGAUGGGAGGACGGCCGAGGGCCCCGGCCUGCGCCUGGCGCUGGGCAGCGCGGGGGACAGGGAGAGCUCCUCGGACGGGGAGCAGGCCGGCAAGCAGCUUGUCCGGCGACAGCCCCCCGCGCCGGCCCCCGGCCAUCACAGGCCUCCCCCCGCCGAGGACUCUGACACGGACAGCAAAGUGGGGCUGGCUGUCACCCUGUGUGAUCGCCCUGUGCAGAGCAGGCAGAAGGCCAACGGUCAGUCCGGCCGGUCCCCGGACCUUGUAGGUGUCAAUUAUGUGUCGGCAGAGGCCGAGGCCUGUGUCCAAACAGCUGGAAAAACAAAAGCUGAUGUCAGUAGCCGCGCCGUAUCCCUGUCCCAGAGGUCCCUGGCUUCGGAUGACAUGGACUGCGCGCUGGAUUUGUCUUUCAAGCCGCCGUCUAGCAGGGAUCCCUUCCACCCCUCCUACGUCGCGGGACAGCUGGCCCUCGACAGCCAGCAGCAGGGCACUGAGCCACUUGUUAAAGACGAACACGACUUGCUGUCAGAGCAGGAGGACAGUGAGCCGAUGAGCCCGGAGAGCCAGCGCUUUGGGAAUAGUGCCAGGAGCUCGGUGGUGACAGGGUUCGCUGCCCUCUUCCCGGGCAACAACGGCUCCACAGCCGCCCUGCUCUCCCGGGGGGAGGACCUGAUGAUGGGGGAGGAGGAGGAGGAGGACGAGGAGGAGGAGGGGGGGGGGAGACGGGGGCGCCGCCGCCCCCCCGGCCACCACCACCACCAACACCACCACCACCGCGGGGGCAGGGAGGGCGCCCCCGGCCGGGAGGGGGAGGGGAGGGGGAGGGGCGCGCUGCUGGCAGGGGACAGCGAGGAGGAGGACGAGGACGAGGACCUGGCCUCCUCGGACAUCUCCACGUCCAGCGGCGUGCUGCUGCUGCCUCCGGUGGCGGCGGCGGCGGCGGCCGGCCAGCAGGUCUGCGUGUGCCCUCUGUGCAGCAAGGUGUUCGCCAGCCCCCACGUGCUGCAGCUGCACCUCAGCUCGCACUUCCGCGAGAAGGACGGCACGCGGGCCAAGCUGUCGCCCGACGGCUCGGUGCCCACCUGCUCGCAGUGCGGCAAGACCUUCUCCUGCAUGUACACGCUGAAGCGCCACGAGCGCACACACUCGGGCGAGAAGCCGUACACGUGCGGCCAGUGCGGCAAGAGCUUCCAGUACUCUCACAACCUGAGCCGCCACGCGGUGGUGCACACGCGGGAGAAGCCGCACGCGUGCAAGUGGUGCGAGCGGCGCUUCACGCAGUCGGGGGACCUCUACCGCCACAUCAGGAAGUUCCACUGCGUCCUCACCAAGACCUUAUCGACUAUCGGAUAAAAACUAAACAAACUCACAGACAGAGAAACACUCUUCACUGGUGCCAUGGCAGGAGAGACACACCAGGAUGUGUCUCUUCUUGCACUGCUUACUACUACUACUACUACUACUACUACUACUACUACUACUAUUACUACUACUACGACUACUACUACUGAUUUAUGUUUUAUUUGUUUUCUUUCUUUCGUGUGAACACACUGGGAAUUUGCUGGAGUCGAUGCGUGCGUUUUUGGAAUUCUACCCCUCAUCCGCCCACGAGGCGUUUCUCAAGCUAAAAGAGUUGUAACAAAUUUCAAACUGGAGCUAAUAUAAUAUAUUCUGGUAGCGAGCCAUGUUAUAGGCAUGCAUGAUGUCCGGAGACAGGGCAGGUUGGAGACUAACCUCCCCAUUAUGUGUGCGCUGCUGAGGGAAGUCCAUCUGGAUCCUUUUGGGAGAACAAACAGGACGAUGCACUUGUUUUCUCCGUGUCUUAUGAGUGUCAAUCUGUUGCGUUUUUAGGCGGUGCUACGGAGAGAAAAAGGCCUUUUGCGUGCGUCUGCUGAGCGGAGGAACAAUAGUCCAUGCUGAAGUGAUGUUAGAGCAAUCAUUUGAGAGAACGAUGAGCGUUUCAACGUACACACAGAGGAGCAGUACUGUAAAUCAGUGGCAAUAUCUUCUUUUCUUUUGCCUCCUACUUUAUUAUUUAUUUAUAGUAUAAUACUUGUCUAAAUUAUCACGAGGCAACGUAAACAGAUGAGGUUUGAUUAUCAAGAGGAAGUGUUGAUUAUUUUAUUUUUUUCAUAGAGGCAGUGCAUUGCUUCUCAGUUGACAUGAAGGUUUUUUAAUGAAAAAAAACACACCAUCAUACUUGAAUGUUAUCUCAGUCUGGAUCAUUAAUAUACAAAUAUGUAUGUUUUGUCUUUACCAGAUUUAUGUUGUUGUGUCACGUAAACACGCAUUGAAGGAAGCUCGCCUUUCAGAGAUGAGCAUGUAGAUAAUGGAUUACCGCAGUUUAAGCUGCAAUAUUGGUGCCUCCUGAAACUUUCUUUGCCCAGUGUACUUAAAAUAAACCCACAUCAAUUGGACCUACAUGUUUGAUUUGAAAAUGCUAACGUAUCUUAAUGCCAGGAGGUAAUGUUGGUAGUUGGCAGUAAUCUCUCUUUUUACCUGGUAUUAACAGCGUGUUAAAUGGUGCACACGCUAAUGGACAGUGUGAAGGACACACUGGGAAGAGGCGCGAGUGUGAAUGUCGACACACGAUUCUUGUUUUAAUAAUGGAUUGGUUACCAUCUUUGUAACCAGCCUCUGCUCUAUUGCCUACUGCUGGAUCUACUAACUUGUUCGUACUUUCUUUCUUUUUUUUUUUACAUGCACAUGAUAUCAUGUCCCCUUCCUGUCUGCGUCUGAGAUACUACUGAUAAUAUUCAAGCUCUCACUUUGGGAAGAAUUUACCUUGAACUUUUGGAAGAAGACUGUGCAGUUUUGUUUAGUUAAACAUCUUUUUUGUUUUGACUGUUAGGGGUUCACUUAGAUUCUAUAUAUUACUUCUUGCCUGCAAGUAGCACUAAACGUUGAUGAUAUUCAUUUCAUCCUACCUGAGAAGACUUGAUGAUAAUUAUUUAUUAGUUGGACUUGGUUCAGGGUUUAUUAAACGUAUAAUCUGAUUUCUAUAAGCUUGAAAGACAUUUCUUGGUACUUCUAUUGAAUUUGUGGGCUGUCCGACCUUCCAUUGAGCAAAUAGUGACUAAUAGUUUUAUUUUAUUUCCAUCCACCACACACAAAACUUAAGUAUUGAAAAUGUGUCACACUGAUCUUAGAGAGGCACUUGUUUUUAGCAUCCAUGUAGUUUCAACACUAUUGUCUAGGCUGCUAUUUCUUACUCUUUGUAUAUUUAAUGUAAAUAUAUAGAAAUAUUUAUCAAACUUUGAUUGUGUGUUCCAUGUUGGCCUGCUGGGGCGGAGGAAGCCAGUGGUCAUACUGUGGCUGCUGUCACUCCUUGGCUUCCAAGUUGUGUCUUCCCCGGAGGGUUUUGACCUUUUUCCUUUUAUCUCCCCCCCGUACUCCGGUCUCCGUACCAGAGGCGUUUGUGCCCUCGCUGUUUUAACCCGAGAAAACGUUUGUUUUCACAAGCACUGGCACAACGGAUACAGAGUAAGACUACCUAUAGAAGUAAGACAAUAUCGCCAUUGUCCCCCCCCCCCCUAUAUCCCAGGUAGUUCUCAAGGAAACAUUGUGGGGCUCUGUUACUGCUGAGGGGUGGCGGUGGUGGAGGGAGACAGCCCGCCAGGGCUCUCUUUGCACUUUUCUGUAUUAAAUGGAGCCUUUGGAAUGUGAGGAAGGCAUUCAGCAGAGGCAGAGUGAGGGGAGACUGUAAACAGGUGCAUUGUGGGGCUGCAUCAAGGAGGAGCUGGCUGUCCCAGCAUGCAGUAGAUAAGUGCUCCAUUGUUCUUGCAUGUAGGGGAUGAUACCAUGGCAACUUGAUUGCACAUCUAUCAGGAGAAUUAUCUUAAUUGUCCUUAGUAUUGCUUUUCGAGUCGUCCUCAUGGCAAACAUGACCCAUAAGAAACUGCGAUGGCUUAAGGAAGUUAACGACCUUGUCAACAUUGGUCUAGCCCUACACGACUUGGGUUUUAGGGUUUACUAUGUUUAUUAAUAAAAACUUUGUGUGGUCUUCUGUUAGAAGUUCAAGUCAAUGCAGGAGUUAAACUCUUGGAAGAUUAAAUGCAAUUUAUUCACUCUGUUCCAUAAUCGGUAAUCUGUAAUGGCAACUCAUGGAAUGGUUUGGUUGUGAUUUUUUUGGGGGGUUGAUUUGGAUUACUGUCUUUUGUUAUUUUACUUUAAAAGCAUGACUUUGAUUGGUCAACUAUAGGCUUCUUAAAAUCCUUGGUGCAGAAAAACAACUUUAAAUAGUCAAUUACACACACACACACACACACACACACAUACAUACAUACAUACAUACAUACACACACACACACACACACACACAUACAUACAUACAUACAUACAUACAUACAUACAUACAUACAUACAUACAUACAUACAUACAUACAUACAUACAUACAUACAUACAUACAUACAUACAUACAUACAUACAUACAUACAUACAUACAUACACACACACACACACACACACACACACACAGUUGAUUUAACUUUCCGCCUGCAGCGCAAAUCGAACAUGGUGCAGUUUAACUCUGAUGUACACGUGUACAAAUGUAGAAAGUAAACUAACAAUGUAUAAAGACAUGUUUUGUGUUUAUUUUGUUUUUCAGUCCUUUCAUUUGUAACUCCAGGAAGAUCACAGAAUGUGCCUUGUAGACACACUGCAGUGUGUUGUAUCUGGAGAGGAGUCCCCCUUUAUACACUGUACUGUCUGCCCUAGACUCCGGUCAAAAUGUUAAUGUCACUUGUUCGUUUCAAACUGUCUAUAUAAAUAUAUAUAUAGAUGUAUCAAAAAAAUGAAGUCUUUUUUUAAAUUAUUUCUUCUGGCUGCUUUUGGAGAUUAGAAUGAGAUAUUGAGUUUACCACUGUGUUCAUAAAUAUGUUCUUGGUGUGUAAACACUGGGGACAUGCACUCUGUUAGGCUUAUAUUAGCCACGAUUGUUAGGAGCUAACAAAAGUCUUGUUUAUUUUAUUUGAUGCAUUUGUUGAAUGUGAAACACCGAACUCUCCCAAUUUGUACAAAAACACAUAGCAUUUCUCUGAACGGGGGCUGUUUUUUAUUAUUUUGUGCUUAACUCCUGCUGUAUGUUUGGUAGACUUUCACUGAUACUGGAAUGUUUCUCUUUUUACAGGUUCCAACUGUGAAAUUGUGUAUAAUCAUGAGAAAUAUUUAUGACCGCAUUGCCAUCUUGUGCAACCUUUGACUCAACAGAGCAUCUACAUGUCAAUGAACGUCUUUUUAAUUACAUUUGUAGAAGUGCCAUUAGAAGUUAAUAUAAUUUUUUUUAAUAAGAAAAGUAUAUUUUAUAGUAAUCAAAAGCUUGAUUAUUAGUGGUCUAGAGAUUAGAGGACAAUCUUAAGAAGAAUUGACAUUGCUUAGUUUUCGAGGCAAUUUACUUCGAUCUGUAAUAUGUAUCUGCUGUUUUUCUUUUGUUUGCGCUUUUCAAGUGUGCUUGUGUGUCUGCUGUGAAAAUGUGACAAUCUUGAUUUAGUUCUUUAUUACAAUAUGCAUAGAUUAAAUGAAAAGACUUUCUCUGACUGUGGAAUUCUUUUAUUUGCAUGAGUUGUGUUUACAGUUUAUAUGCAUAUUUAAUCAAAUUUUCAUUAUAAAAUAUAACAACGUUCAAAAGUUUGAUCAAAACUUCCUCUAAGUUGGACUAACAGUAAGGACCUCUAGGAGACAGUGAGUUGUCUUUUAGUCCACCUCCUAGGGGGGGGGUUCUGUGGUCUGAGUAGCAGCAGCAGUAGGAGUGUGUGUGUGGGCGCAGGGCAUCAAUGCGAUGUGUACAGAGAAAACAGCAUGUGAUAGAGCACUGUGGGUCAAACAGUCGCUAUCCCCACGGACACUGUAAAUGGAGUGCAAGGACAGGGCACAGUAACCAUUCCAUCAAGGUGCUGUGGCAUAAUAAGCUGAUGAAUCCAGUGUUACAUAACUAAAGUCAUUAUAGGUAAUGCAGUUAUUAUAAACAUAAAAAGGACUGAAUUGUCCAAAAGAAAAACUUGAAUAUAUUCUGUAGAUAAAAGCAAAACAGUGCGUAAACAAACUGCCUUUCCAAAUAUCUGCUUUUGAUUUGGGAUCUCCGUCGCGCCACUUGUUCAGUCACCGUCUUCCGACGGAGAGAGAGAUGGCUUUUAAUUAUCCCCCCGCUGCUGUGCUAUAGUAAAU